AUGUUACUCACCAGUGUCUUUCCCAAACAGACGCGCAGUGUCCCACGACCACUUCAUCCCAAAGGGGAGGCUAAGCCAAAGUCGAAGAUAUCAGCCUCCCGUAGGCUUUCUCUGAAGAUCUUGCUCCUGACCAGGGCCCAGGAGGACCUGGAUAAGGAGAAGUUGGAGAGGGAUGAAGAGAAAGUGCGGUACCUGGGUGAGAAGAUGGCCCCUCUCCAGUUUUCAGGCCUGUCGAUGGCAGAGUUGCAGAAUCUUUGCAAGCAACUUCAUGAAAAAAUCGACGUUGUGGACGAAGAGCGAUACGACUGUGAGGCGAAAGUGGUCAAGAAUAAUAGAGAUAUCCAUGAGCUGAAGCUUAAGGUCCAGGACCUGGGUGGGAAGUUCAAGAAGCCGGCGCUCCGCAAAGUGCGUGUAUCUGCCGACGAAAUGAUGCGCGCUCUUCUGGGCUCCAAGCACAAAGGUUCCAUGGACCUGCGCGCCAAUCUCAAGUCCGUCAAGAAGGAGGACAUCAAGCAGGAGAAGGUGCUCACUACCGAGGUUGGGGACUGGCGUAAAAAUGUGGAGGCUAUGUCCGGUAUGGAGGGCAGGAAGAAGAUGUUCGAUGCCGCUGGUGGCCAGUGAGCUCUGGGAUGCACGACACACUUCACUAAAGACUGGAAAUGCAUAUGAAGAAAUUAGAAAAAGAGACGUUUUUAUUUUAUCUCUGGGUGUAUACUACAGACAAUGAAAUCUUAGCACAAAGGCUAGGGGUGUGCAGAGCUGUGUUCUAAAGUAACUGAGAUGUACUUUAGCGUAGCUACUAACUAAGAGGCAAUAAGAGUGACGGGACCUUUUGGGUAUCUCUCAUGUUUAGUUUGAAACGCAGCAUGAAACACAAUGCAUGGAGAUUACAUGGUAUAUACUCUGGAGUCAGGAACAAUGGUUAACUGAAAUAUGAUUUGGAACUACCCCUGAAAAGACUAAUCGCUUAUACACUUCAAACUGUUAAUGCCAUCAAGGUCAGAAUGCAGCUAACUGACAUGGCCACGCCUGGAUCUCUCUCAGGAGGACGUUUGUAGCAGCUACAGCAUUUUACAUUGUGCUUCACCGUCCUUCUUUCCAUUCCUCAUUCACCCUUAAGUGAACCUUGACUCAAUGGUGUAACAAUUAGAUGCCAUGAGAAGGAUUCCAGAUUUUCAGGAAUAAACUGCAAAAAUAAGGGAAAAUCACUCAAAAGUCCCCUUAGAUUACAAAUGGUUAACAUUUUCAGGCUGUUUAUUAUAUGAUCAUACCCUCUAAGGUUGUUGAAACGAAACAGUGUUUACAGUACUUAUACAAUAAUUUUAAAUCAUAUAAUAUAUAAUAUAAUUGCUGAAAAUAACUGAACUGCUAAUAAACAAAGAAUCAGUCUUGA